UUCUCAAGGACUGAAUUGAGCCCUUGCCAAAAUUUUAUUUUACGAGUGCUAAUUACUUGCCCCUUAGCAAAACAAUUAGUACUAAAAUUUUCUUUUAAAUAUAAACAGGAGAUGAUAAUGAAACAAAACCUAAGUUGGGUUAUUAAUUUACUCGAAAAUUUGAGCUUCCCCAAUCACUGAUGACCGUAAUCAAGACCAAUAGCCACCAUCAUAAACUAGGAAAAAACUCGCCUAGUUGGAAAGGUUUUCUUUCCUCUGCAUCAGCGACUACAGUAUGAAGACCACAGAAUGUGAGCCGUGAACCUCCAACAUCUACACCAAUAACUCACCCGUAAUCCCAACAAACCCUAGUUUCCGAUCUCCCCCAAAUUCUCACCUUAAUUUUGAUUUUUGUUUUUUAUUUUUGUCAAUGCUCCUCCAUUAUUAUCUCCUAGUCUUUUCUUGAUUGACUUCUGUAGCCUCCAUUGUCGUUUUCGGUUAUCAAUUUCUUACAUUUCUUACUCUUUCAGUGGAUCAGGAUUCGAUUUUGGUCUUUUGAGGUUCUAACAACUGACAGGUUUCCAUCAAUCGAAUUAAGGUUUUGUUUUGUUGGUUUUCGGUUAAGUGAUACGCUUUUAAGUCUGCAGGAUGGUUUGAAGAAUUAUUGAAAAGAUUGUUUAACUAUGGGCAGCAGUGAUAUGGAUAAACCAGCAAAGGAGAAAGAGGCAAAGGCCCUUGCUGGCACCACUGCGCAGUCCUAUGUUCUUCAGGAGCAGUCUUCAACCACCAGCACUGGUGCUGUAAAUCCUGACUGGACGGGAUUUCAGGCAUACUCUCCUAUACCUCCACAUGGGUUCUUGGCAUCAAGUCCCCAAGCUCAUCCUUAUAUGUGGGGGGUUCAGCAUAUCAUGCCUCCAUAUGGUACGCCACCACAUCCAUAUGUUGCAAUGUAUCCUCAUGGUGGCUUAUAUGCUCAUCCAUCUAUUCCUCCGGGAUCUUACCCUUUUAGUCCUUUUGCAAUGCCUUCACCGAAUGGUAUCAAUGAGACAUCUGGAUAUACACCUGGUAGCACAGAAGCUGAUGGAAAGCCAUCUGACGUGAAGGAAAAAUUGCCCAUUAAAAGGUCCAAAGGAAGUUUGGGCAGUUUAAACAUGAUUACAGGGAAGAGUAAUGAGAUUGGUAAAACAUCUGGAGCGUCUGCUAAUGGAGCUUAUUCUAAAAGUGCUGAGAGUGCAAGUGAAGGUACAAGUGAAGGAAGUGAUGCAAAUUCUCAGAAUGACUCACAAAUGAUGUCAGGUGGAAGGCAAGAUUCUGUUGAAGCUGAUGCAUCUCAGAAUGGUGGUUCUGUGCAUUGCCCUCAGAACGUAGGACAGAGUAUGCCUAAUACAAUCAUGAACCAGACAAUGUCCGUCAUGCCAAUACCGGCUACUGGUGCCCCAGGAGCUCUACCUGGUCCCACAACCAACUUAAAUAUUGGAAUGGACUACUGGGGAGCCCCAGCUUCAUCUGCUAUCCCUGCAAUCCAUGGGAAGGUUCCAAAUACUCCAGUAGCUGGAGGAAUUGUUUCUACUGGAUCUCGGGAUACUGUUCAAUCGCAGAUUUGGUUACAGGAUGAAAGAGAGGUGAAGCGACAGAGGCGAAAACAGUCAAACAGAGAAUCUGCUCGCCGUUCUAGGUUGCGUAAACAGGCCGAAUGUGAUGAGUUGGCCCAGCGUGCUGAAGCCCUAAAAGAAGAAAAUGCCAAUCUGCGAUCAGAAGUAAACCGGAUCAAGAGCGACUACGAGCAACUUCUUGCGGAAAAUGCAUCUCUCAAGGAGAGACUUGGGGAAUUCGGUGGGCAUGAAGAGUUUAGGUCUGGCAGGGAUGAACAACAUUUGAGCAAUGAUACACAAAAGAGUGGACAAGCAGAGCUUGCAGAGAGUGGUCACUAGGACCUAGCUACUCUGUUUAAAGACACAUUGCAGGAGCUUACCUAACCAAUUAGCAAUAGGAGUUGUUUUGCAUAGCUUGUAGUCUAUAUUUAUGAAAGCUUACCUUUUACAGUUUUAGGAUCUGUUAAUCUCAUAUCUGCCGAAAUUUCUUAUUGGGUCUGCCUGUGUAACAAUUGAAGAACUUGGGAUGGCAUGCGGAGUGAAUUUGUCAUACCCUGUCCUGACUCCUGAGAGGGUUGUAUUUAUACUAAAAAACUUUUAUAUUUUUAUUAACUUUGUUUAUCUUGUAA